UGCUAAUAAAGGUUUCGCAGCAUCGCGGAAGCAGCCGGCAAAACAAGCCGGUAAUUUCGUCAAUUUUUGUUCUCUUUGGUUCUGCAUUUUUCUGAAAUAAUCCACGACAUAAAGAGAGAAAAUGGCGAGGCAUACGAUGAAGUUUAUCGCCACAGUUCUCGGACUUUUCUUUGUCUACAACGGCUUCGGAAAGAUCAACCCAAAAUUGAAUGCAGAUUUACAUUUGCAGAUGAAAAAGCAUUUUGUCAACUAUGCAAGGGUUGCUCCGCUGCGUACAUACUUGGACAAGAAAUUCAAGGCCUCAGAUUACCGCAACUUCAUAGGAGGGAUGGAGAUUGCCGGAGGAGCAGGAAUGGUCCUCCUCUCCGGAAGAUUCUCGUUACAAGCGUCUCAACUAUUUGUCCUCCUCGCCUCCGCCUUUAUGAUUCAUACCCACGUCAUCCUCGGUGAUCCGUUUCCGAGGGCAGCCACUCUCAUCGCUACGUCGUUGAUGGUCGUCGUUCAGAUGGUUUUCACAAAGUUUGUCGAUAAGGACACACAGGAAGAGGAGAAAGCAACAAAGAAAAGUUCAGCGAAGACAGAUGAAACCGACGAGGGACACAAGAAGGAGGUGUUGGUUGAAAAGAAUGACGAGGUCAAGAAUGUGCAAGAAAAACCAAAAACUAAGAAACAGAAAAAGAAAUCAAAGAAAGAUAACUGAUUCUUUCUUACUAAAAAAUUCCCAUUAUAACAAUCAUAUCAGCAUCUCUUGAUUGUCUGUUUUAUUUCUUUCAUUUGAAUCUCUUUCCCCAGCCUGAUUGGCUCUGGAAGACAAACAACUUUCCUUUUUUUUCUGUUUCCAAAUGAGAUUUUGAUCUUUAAAUAUCGGCUGCAAGACCAAUCACUUGUAGUCAAAUCUACCUCUGCCAGAUGGGGCUUUAUAUAAUUUAUUCAGUUUGAAGGUAGGAUCAUAGAUUUGAAACCGGAAUGCUGAUUUAUAUUUAAAGCGCAAUUAUUAUAAAAGAAAGAUGAACUAAAUCAUAAAUGCCACAUGUGAAAGUUUCAGCUUAAAAAUACAUUGUCUACUUGCUGAGAAAAGCAAAAAGAUGUCACAAUAUUUUUUACAAGAUCUCUGCUGAAGGGAUUCCUUUCUCAAAAUAGUUUGUUGCUAUCCACAGCUGCAGUGCUUUUCACCAAGUCAAAAUUAUGGAUUAGUAUUUACCACUAACUAAUUUUCUUUUGAAAUAAAUUGUUUGCAAGAAAAGCUUGUACAAAGUGCAGAGCUGCUCCUUGAAUGCAAUUACACAAAUGGAUUGACUUUAACAUUUACAUGUAUCCUGUCUAAAGAAACUGCCAAUAAUCUUUUAAAAAGUUGUGAAUCAGUAAAAUUGAAAAUAAAUUAUAAUUCAGUUAAUUAAAGACAGUGGACACUAUUGGUAAUUGUCAAAGACUAGUCU